CUCUCUAUCCUCCUCCACAGUCCUGCCACAGUCUGCAGCUGGUCCUCUUUUUGUCUCUUGUUUGAUCCAACUAUCUCAAAGAUGUUCGGCCAGACCUCCAUGAUCAGCACCGGCCCUGUGGCGCGCUCCACCCGCAUGUCCUACACCUCCUCUGUUCCUGUCGUCAAGGCCCACAGCAUCUCUGGAUACAGGGCAGCUCCCCGCAUCUCUUCCAGCCAGAUGUACUCUGUGUCCUCUGGGUAUGGUGGAGGUAUGGGUAUGGGUGGAGGUAUGGGUAUGGGUAUGGGUGGGGGUAUGGGUGGGGGUAUGAGUUUUGACCUGGCCAAUGCCCUGGAUCAGCGCAAUGCCCACAUGAAUGAGAAGGCCACUAUGCAGAACCUGAAUGAUCGUCUCGCCAGCUACCUGGACAAGGUCAGGUCUUUGGAGACUGCCAACGCCAAGUUGGAGAGGCAAAUCAGAGAGUACUAUGAGCAGAAGGGACCAGCAGUAGAGAGAGACUACAGCCACUACUGGGCUACCAUCAACGACCUCAAAGACAAGAUUGCAGCUGCCACCGUUGCAAAUGCCAACGUCCUCCUCCAGAUUGACAACUCCAAACUGGCAGCAGAUGACUUCAGGACCAAAUACGAGCACGAGCUGAUGAUGCGCCAGUCAGUAGAGGCCGACAUUGCCAACCUGCGCCGUCUCUUGGACCAGACCACCCUCACAAAGGCAGAUCUGGAGAUGCAGAUUGAAGGCUUGCAAGAUGAGCUGGCUUACCUCAGGAAGAACCACGCAGAGGAACUGGCAGCCCUUCGUUCUCAGCUCACCGGCACAGUUAAUGUGGAGGUGGACGCCGUGCCCCAGCAAGACCUCAGCAAAAUCCUGGAUGAAGUGCGCGCUCAGUAUGAAUCCAUCACAGACAAACACCGUCGCGAACAAGAGACCUGGUUUAAUGAAAAGUCGGCAGCACUCUCAAAGGAAGUCGCCAUCAGCACAGAAACAAUCCAGACGACAAAGACAGAGAUCAAUGACCUGCGGCGCACAAUGCAGGGGCUCGAGAUUGAACUACAGUCUCAGCUGAGCAUGAAAGCAGCGUUGGAGAACACACUGGCAGAGACAGAAGGCCGGUAUAGUGCCAUGCUAGCUGGUUUCCAGAAUACCAUCAACAUGCUGGAGACAGAGCUUGCUAAUGUCCGCGCUAGCAUCGAGCAACAGGGCCAGGAAUACAAAAUGCUGUUGGACAUCAAGACGAGGUUAGAAAAGGAGAUCGCCACCUACAGAUCCCUACUGGAGACAGAAGAGGCCAGACCUAUUGGAGGAGGCAAGACCACAAUAACCACCACAACUGUGCGCAGUUAAGACAUCCAGCUGGCAGGACAGGCUGUACUCAGACACACUCACGUUUACCAUACAGAUAUGCACCCUCCCCCAAUAUGAAAGCUGUUACAUGGGAUGACAAAACAGAGCUCCAAAAGCCUGAAAAAUGUUCAACUUUUGUCAAAUGCUUAAAAAAAAUGUCUAAACAAAGUGCAGUGCUGUGUGACUGAAAUAAAAACUGCUGGUGAACACUAAA